AUGACGGAGGUGAUCGGAGGCUCUUCUGGGCAGCCGCUCAAACUCUCUUGUCCGGGAGAGGAAGAGGAGGUCAAGGAGGAGGAGGAGGACAAAGAAGAGAAGGACAAGAGGGAUUGCCAAGUCCCAGGUGACAAAGUUAAACACCUGCAGGAGGACACCGAAUCCUUCGACAAUGUUGCAGAAAGUGAAAUGUGCACCCCGCAGUGUCGGAUCUGCUUCCAGGGCCCAGACAAGGGAGAACUAUUGAGCCCCUGCCGCUGUGAUGGCUCUGUGCGCUACUCUCACGAGUCUUGCCUUGUCCGCUGGAUCAGGGAAACAGGCUCCUGGAACUGUGAGAUCUGCCGCUUUAAGUACCGAGUUCAUUCCGUUUGCACCAAGAACCCACUGAAGUGGGAAUCCAUCUCUCUGACCUUGAUUGAAAAGGUACAGAUUGCAGCCAUUAUCCUGGGCUUGAUGUUCCUCAUAGCUAGUUUGGCUUGGCUUAUAUGGUCAAUUGUCAGCCCCUUUGCAGAAUUCCAGCGUAAUAGUUAUAUCUUUCAGAUAUUAUACGGCAUGUACGUCUUCAUGGACUUCGUUUGUAUAGGACUUCUAAUCCAAGAAGGACCAUCUUUUUACCGGAUCAUAAGGCGCUGGCAUACAAUGAACAAAAAGUGGAGAGUACUAAAUUAUGACAAAACAAAAGACUUGACCAGUUCUAGAAAGAAAGGCGCCCGUGAUGUGCAAAGUCACACUGGGGAAGUUCCACACAACGGGCAGGAGCCCAGACGGUCUUGUAUUACCUUCUAUGUUGGCAAUAUUAUUCUGAGCAUCCUCAACAGGCUAAGAAGGCCCAACAACAACAACAACAACAACAACCGUGCUGCUGACAACCAUGAGGUCAGCAUGAGGGUGACCACUGUAUAG